CCGUGCGAACCUCUGUGACUACCAUUAAUAUUAGGAAAAUUGAGCUCUGGAUGUAUUUGCCAUAAUAGAAAUAUCUGCAGUGAUUGAGAAAAAUAACAAAGAUGGGCAAACCACAUGUUUUAGCUAUACCUGCUCCUGCUCAAGGCCAUGUCCUUCCCAUGCUGGAGAUCAUGCAAUGCUUAGCCAGACAUGGUUUCAAAGUCACGUUAUUGAACACUGAGUUUACUCAAGAAAGAGUCAUCAACGCAUCGACAGGGAAAGACAAUAUUAUAGAGGAUCAUAUACAUCUGGUUUCAAUCCCGGAUGGGUUGGAACCCUGGGAGGAUAGAAAUGAUAUGGGGAAGUUAACACAAGCGAACUUGCGGGUCAUGCCUCUAAAGCUGGAAGAGCUCAUACAAAAGAUUAAUGGAUCAGACAAUGACAAGAUCACUUGCAUUAUCGCAGAUGAGUUCUUGGGAUGGGCCCUGGAAGUUGCAGAAAAGAUGCAAAUCAAGCGAGCUGCCUUUUGGCCUGCGGCAGCUGCAACCUUGGCUGUGGGAUUCCGCAUCCCACAGCUGCUUGAUGAUGGGAUAAUAAAAAAUGAUGGAACACCUACGAGUAAUCAGAUGAUUCAACUAUCACCAACCAUGCUUGCCAUUAGCACAACACACUUUUUGUGGGCAUGCAUGGGAGACUUGACCACACAAGAAAUUAUUUUUGAAGCUACUGUAAGAAAUAACAAGUCUGUGCAGAUGGCAAACUGGCUGAUUUGCAAUUCGACUUAUGAGCUGGAACCUGCAGUAUUUGCCCUAUUUCCAAAUAUCAUGCCUAUAGGUCCACUUUUGGCAAGCAAUCAGCUAGGAAAUUCAGCAGGCUACUUCUGGCCAGAAGACUCAACUUGCUUGGAAUGGCUUGAUCAACAGUCAGCAAACUCGGUCAUCUAUGCUGCAUUUGGGAGCCUUACCGUUUUUCGUGAGAUCCAGUUCCAAGAAUUGGCUUUGGGGCUUGAACUCACUAACAGGCCAUUCUUAUGGGUUGUGAGACCAGAUAUGGCUGAUAAGAACAACGAUGCUUACCCAGAAGGAUUCAAAGAAAGAGUAGCAACUCGUGGGCAAUUGGUAGGUUGGGCACCUCAGCAGAAGGUCCUGGGUCAUCCUUCUGUUGCUUGCUUUCUAAGCCAUUGUGGCUGGAACUCUACCAUGGAAGGCCUAAGCAAUGGAAUCCCUUUCCUAUGCUGGCCAUACUUUUGUGACCAGUUUCUUAACCAGAGUUACAUUUGUGAUGUGUGGAAAGUUGGAUUGGGGUUUAACCGCAAUGAAAGUGGGAUCAUCAAAAAAGAAGAAAUUAAGGAAAAAGUGGAGCAACUGCACAGCGACAAGACAAUCAAAGCAAGGGCUUUGGAUCUAAAGGAAGUGGCUGCAAAAAGUGUUAAAGAAGGUGGCUGUUCUCACAAUAACUUUAACAAUUUUAUUAAAUGGUUGAAGGCAUAGACAAGUUGUUUAGGCUGCAAACAUGCUUGAUUUUAUUUCUUGGUUUGUGUCUUGAAUUUAUUAAUUGUAUGUCACUAAAACUGGACUUCGUAAUAUCUCUCCCAAACAGCUAUGCUAUGCUCUUCCUCUCUUAUUGUGCUUC